AUGACGCUGGCCAGCGUUUUGGAGCAGUUGGUGCCGGUGAACCAGCAUGGGUUUUUUGGACUCAGAAGUCAGAAAGAUCCGCUGGAACUGGGUCUGGGGAGUCCAAGUAAUGGGCUGAGCCUUGCUGCACCAAACUGGGGUGUCCUAGAGGAGCCAAAAAUUGAAAUGUUUCAUGGAACCACCACCCUGGCCUUCAAGUUGUGCCAUGGAGUCGUUGCAGCUGAUUCCUGGGCCACAGCAGGUACUUAUACUGCCUCCCAGACAGUGAAGAAAGUAAUAGAGAUCCACCCUUACCUUCUGGGCACCAUGGGUGGGGGUGCAGCGGAUUGUAGCUUCUGGGAGCGGUUGUUGGCUCAGCAAUGUAGAAUCUUUGAGCUUCGAAAUAAGGAAUGCAUCUCUAUGGCAACGGCCUCCAAAAUUCGUGCUAACAUGGUGUAUCAGCACAAAGGCAUGGGACUGUCCACCAGCACCCUCAUCUGUGGCCGGAAUAAGAGAGGCCCUGGCCUCUACUAUGUAGACCAUGAAGGGAACAGCUUUUCUGGAACUGCUGUGGGAUGUUCUGUGUGGCAAAUGUGUUGCUGAUUGGUUAAUAAAUAAAACACUGAUUGGCCAUUGGCUAGGCAAGAAGUAUAGGCAGGACAAGGAGGAGAAUAAAGCUGGGAAGUGGAAGGCUGAGUCAGAGAGACACUGCCAGCCUCCAUGAUGACAAACAGCAUGUGAAG